AGUCUACGGAGUCGAACCGGCUGUUAGAUACUGCGCGUAAAAGGUCGCUGGUCGAGGUUGCACGUCGCGCGCUGCAGACAACUCCGAUGCCCGAGAGGCCGCAUUAUCAGUAACGAUUACACAAGUGAGAUUCGUCGAACGAAGAAAGGAGCUCGCGUAACGAUCUAGGAUAGUGUAUAAGGAUCUAUUAAACGAACGUUCGGGAACAUUUUUACCGGCUGUCACGGAAAGAAUCAGCGAGUAUCGUUAUCUGAUCGGAGAUCGUCGAAAGGGAAAUCGAUUCCGUUCCGCUACGCUGUUCCACCCGAGACGUCGAACGACCAGUCGUAUGCAGGAAUUCAAUCUAUGAACUAUGAAACUUUGAGCCGAACUUUCAUGACGGUAUCCAAUUAAGGAUUUCGAUAUCGAAAGCUGUCCCAUGUCAAAGGGCGAAAACGUGGCUAGUCUGGACGGUCGGCAGAGAGGAUCGUUCGAUCGGUCGGGAAAUACACGCACAGUCGAGAGUGUUUCGAAAGUUCUGAUUUUUUCCAGCCGUAUUAAACGUCGACCUCGUCGUAUUCGCUCGUCGCAACCGCUUCCCCUCUCUGUGAAACUGUGACGCAGCCCUCUCUCUUUUCCACGCGCUUCACAUUCCCGGUCGUUUCCACUUCUUUUUCGACUGGCUGUUCGACGCGUCCUGGACGACAGUUUUAUCAUCGGUCGCGCGAGGCUAUGCGCUCGACGCCGGUCACCGUAUGACGUGUCUGUCCAACCUGAACAGAUAUACCCCCAGGAAAAAUCGCGAUCGGUCCUUUUAAGAGGUACCUACCGAUCUGGAGUCACAGAAUAGGAAAUUAGCGAGAGGAGAGCAAAUGGAUAUAGAAACUGUUCCUUGGAUCUGUUGAGAGGUGUGCGUCGGCGUAUGUGCGUUUCUAUGCGAAACGACUAGUGCGAACGCGUGCCCCGUAUUUUUUUUCUUUUCUCUUGCACACGCGUGUGUUGUAUGUCAGAUAGCAACGGGUGUAUCGAGACUCAUCGGGAACAUGGGUGUUUUGUUGGUCGCGGAUGGCACGACGCCGAUCCAGCCUCAUAUGAAUUUGAACACGGUUAAAGCUGCGGGAGCGCAGCACGCGAUCAACGUCGUUAACGAGACGAACAACAACGUUGACGGGCUCCGAGACGCGAAUAACCUGAUGCCGACGCAGGUCGUCGGUAUAAUCGACGUGGUCGUCAACGACGAACCGGUACGCAGCUGGAUGCCGCCCCCGCCCAAGAAAAAAUGGAUACGGCAUUAUCUGCUCGAGGAGGAACCGCUGGAAAAUAACAGGACGAACGGGAAUCACUCGGCAGGUUCCCGAGGGAGUCCCGUGAUCUCAAACACACGCGUAACACCACCGUCGGCGAGUUCAAACUCGAGCCAUCUGACCACCCUUCACUCCACGCCGCACCUUCAUCUUCCUCAUCAUCAACAGCAACAGCAACAACCGCAACAACAGCAAUCCCAACCACCCCAGCAACACCAACAUCACCAUCACCACCAUCAUCAAAAUAAUCACAACAGCACGCAUAAUCCUUACGUGGAAAAUCACAAUUCGAAUCACUCGCAGCAGAACGCUGGUAAUCUCAUCGUCGACGUUGAACCGAGCCACGACAAUAAGAAGCAUCGAAAUGGACCGUGCGUGAUCCGAUCGGGCACCAGAGAAGUGCACAACAAAUUGGAGAAAAAUCGAAGGGCGCAUCUGAAGGAAUGUUUCGAAAUGUUGAAGAGGCAACUACCGUCGCAAGAGGAGAAGAAGUCUUCGAACCUCUCGAUACUCCACGCUGCAAUAAGGCACAUACAGACGUUAAAAAAGAAGGAACGAGAUUACGAACAUGAAAUGGAAAGGCUUGCCAGGGAAAAAAUCGCUGCUCAACAGAGAUUAUUAGCAUUAAAAAAGGAACUCGCGGCUACUUGGGAUCACAUUGAUUUUAAUACUCUUUUACCGGAACAGAAUUCAGCUGCCGACAUAACAGCGACGAAGAGUGUUUCCGAAAACAUGGACGUUGAUGUAAUUGGACUCGCUCGGGGUGGCACGAGGUACAGUAGUACCAGUAGUCUGAGCAGUGCAGCCACAGCCAGUUCACCGCAAACUCUUCAAACCACCAGCACGACUUCCAAUAUUCACAAUCAAGUUGCAACCGCGGCAGUUGUUUGUCAGACGCAGGGCAUGAACCUUGCGCAAAGUUCCAGGGACAGUCCACCUGCGAGUACGAGCCCUGGAACGCCCGUACCUAGCAUUCCUACUCCGGCACAGGAGAAAGUAAACACAUCACCGACCGGUAUAGUGCAGCAGCCUCAUCAGCUGCACCUACCUAUCAGUGCUCAGAUGUUGAACACGAGUCAAGGGUUGGCGACGAUCGUUCCUACCCUUCAGCACAUUGGUCCGAGUUUGAGAGUGAUACCAGGCGAUACGAGGCAGCUACUGGUCGCUCACACAGCCGGCAAUAACGAGUCCAGGCCUCUGACGUUAGCCGUGCAAAAUUCUUCGGAUCAAUCGAGGCCGCUGAUUGCUGUGCAAUCGAACACUGGAAGUGAGCCAAGGCCCGUAGCGCUGGUCGUUCACUCGUCCACGGCCAACGACAACAGGGUAACGUUCGUGCAUUCUAAUCUGUCCAACAACGACAGGCCGUUGGCCCUAGCCGUGCAAUCGUCCGCCAAUGACGUCAGGCCAGUUACAUUUGUGCAUUCGGCAAACGAGGGAAGGCCGUUAGUUCUCGCCACGCAUUCUCCUGCACUGAAUGUGACGAAUGCUCAAACAAGGAUAAGAGCAGGGGAUUCACAGACCACGCAUAAAAUGGUCGGUGGUGUGACACUGGUAGGCGGAAACGGAUCGGAGCUUACUAGACUUCCUGGUGGCGCAGAGUUAAACAUACUCCCCGCAAAUGGAUUAACGCUGAGUCACGCUGGGGUAUCGCUUCAAACUACAACAGGUAAAUCAGGCUCGACAGUGAUGCAGAACGCUCCGUCCACAGAGGGUAUAGCUCACAUCGUUGGUCCGCACACGCCUCUCUCCGGCCUGACACCCAUCGUCACCCCGAUGACCGUUGUCUCGCAAGGGAACCAAGUGACCGCUCACAUUCUAGCACCCUCUAGUCUCGCGGGUAAAAUGAUAACCACCCCGAUUCUAAAAUCCGUGGCACAAAUGCCGAUCGUGAACGCUCAGUAUAUAAACACCACGACCCUGGUGAAACCUGUUGUUGUCGUGAGCUCACCGUCAACCUCGACCCCACAGUCGACGACAGCUUCCAGCACGCAACCUUCCUCGACCACCCAUUCGACCGUCUGACAGAAUCAAAAGAAAAUGAAAGCAGUUUGAGAAAAGGCUAGAAACGAUAUCGUGGCAUUGAGUAACAGAGGUUGUUACGAUAAAUCGGUGUUCCAUCGACAGAAAUCUACGUUUCGUUAUUAUUCGACACCGUUCGUAGGGAAGACGAUCACGUUCGAUGAUUUCGAGGAUAAAGUUCAGACAGACACGAACAGAAGUGUUUCAAGGAAGAGAGACUUUCUCCUCCUGUUCGUGAUGUUUUCAACGUCGAAGAAGGAGAACUUCUUAUUUUUCGCCACGCGUUCCUUCGUGUUUCAGUUCGAUGUUUAAGCUCUUCCAAACGGUGAGCGGACUGAGAAGAUGUUGAGGAAGCUUUGCUCAACUCGUGCAAUUGUGCAUGGUACCUGGAACUUUAGAGAAGCUUUAGAGAAGUUACUUAUACGGGGAAAAAAUUUUUAUUCCUUGAAAGUAACUAAAAUAAUUAGCAUGAAAAUUGUUGUGAAAUCCUACGUAUUGAAUUAUCUAUCUGAAAUCGACUACAUACAUGGAACGUUUUAUUGUACAUAACAUCAGAAAUUUGCACGAUUUUUAAAUUGCUUGACCGCAAAGUAUCAGAAAAUUUAUACAUUCAAUUCUUUCUCAUUGGUACCUUGUUACAAUUGAAGUUCAGCAGGCGAGAUUGAAACGACUGUGGUUUAAGGUCACGUUUCAAUUCAACGAUCGGUUGAAGACGUUUUUGGAUAUUGAUCGAAAUCUUGGAAUCGAUUGGAUGAUGAUACACGCUCGUGCUUUUAAAUUAUCAUUAUAAAAUAGUGGCUGUGGAGAAAACGAUUAUAUCGAACUUUGUCGUAUAACGCCUACGGUUUACUUUCUAAAAUUAGAUGGUAAAUUGAACUUCCGUUCGCGUCGGACACGCGACAAGGAACACGGAUAUAUGUUUGAUAAUAUGCUCAAGUAUUUAUUCGUUUAUAUUUAUUCUACAGAACGCAAACGAGCAUCAAGAUGUUCGCCUUGGCUCCUUGAUUUUGAUAUCUUUACCGGGUUUAUUUCGAGAUGGACUGUCGCUUGAAAGCAUUAGGAGAGAUUUCUGAAGGAUACGUAUACAUGUAUAUGACUCGUUUCUAAUCGCAGACGAUAUGUUUUUUGCAUAAUAAUUAAAAAUCAUUCGGAAGAACGAACAAGAAGAAUCUUUCGAUCGCGUUCUAAGAAAAUCAGAUAUCGUUUACCGUGCUAUUUUUUUAAAUUCCUUUCUGCACGUUUAUUUCAUCUCGCAAUGUUAAUCCUUUAUGGUCCAAGUGUACAUUUAUGGCAAAAGACCUUUAUGACAAUUCUAACGAAAAUAAAAAUUCUGAUAGGUCUCUUAGCCUACAGAAUGGACGAUGGACCGUAAAGGAUUGAAGUUUCGAGUUAUUUCAUUUUGAUGUACUCUAUGCGAGACCGUUAACGGUGUUCAUUAAAACAGACUAACGAUGCGAAUGAUAAAACUAUCAGAAACAAGAAUAAUAGUGAUAAUAAAUUAUUAUUAGGUUGUUGCAGAUGAAGUGGUUGAUUUAUUUAAAUCUUUGCUGUGAAAGGUUCUGAUAAAAAUUAAGGAAUAAUAAUUUGCUUCUAAAUGAUGAUCAAUCAUUUUGUAUUAAUAGUAAUUUGCAUGCAAUUUUAAGCUUUAAAUCAAAUUGCGAUGAUCAAAUUGAUAUGCAACAGCUUAAUAUUUAAAUUUAUCAUCUUAUUAAAAAAGAUUCCAUUUUUCUGCCUACAAUUGGAGGGAAGAAACUUACCGCAGAAGUACACAAAGCAAGCUCUCUCACGAUUACAAAUCUGUAUGAUUAUUUUUUUUUCUUUUUUUUAUAUACUUUCACGCGUGUGCUUCUGCAACGUGUUAAUUUAUCUUCUUAUGUUCCUUUGAUCGGUGAAGAAGAAAAUAGAGUAUUUUAUGAAUUAACAAUGCAAUGCUAACGUGCGGUAUGUGCAGAUUGUAAUUUCUCUGCUUGCAUCUUUCAAAGAUCAUUAUUCUCUUCGAAAUCAGACAGCUACUUCAAUUAUCAGUUGCAAUUAAAUUUCUUCCCCCUUUUUCUUUUUCUAUCACAUGAAAAGAAUGGAUUGAAAAACGAAGCAAGUUCAAAAACGAGCCAAGUGUCCAAGCGGUGUAAUCUUUUUUUGUACGCGUGUGUGUGAGUGUGCAUAUGACUGUUAACGGUCUCUUUACAGAUAUAUCACGAUUCGCAAACUAGUAUUAUUAUUACUUCUACUCUGCGUAUAUUAUGUACACACACGUGUAUGUGUGUAUCAUCUUUUCGUUUUCUUUUUUUUUUUUUUUUAAUUUUUUAAAUUAUUUAAUCAAAGGCUUGGUCAGUUAAGCGCUGAUAAUAUGUAAGUGUUCGUGAUACGCGUGGCCGCUGCGUCUCUAAAUUUAUCGACAAAAUUUAUUUAAAUCGGUCAAAAUGGAGAAAGCAAUAUCGUUUUCAGGAGAACAAGAAUUUUCUCUCUAUUCCAAUGAAAAUGCAAAAUGUCACCUUGGUUCUCAAGAAAACUCUGUUAAUGUUUCUCAACGAGAAAUCACUUUCAAUGCGUUCACAAGACAUUUUUCGUGUUCCUGCUGCUCGGAAUGAUCGAAGGAUCGCAGCAUUUGGAAACUAUAAAACGCGCCUCGUAUUCGAAGCGAAUACCGUGUAUUUAUUAUAGCAAUAUUUCUUGUAUAUUUAGAAUAUUUUUGUAGAAUAUUUCGAAGGUGUUAAAUCGUUUCGUUACGAACAGCCGAUACAUAUUAAUGAACGAAUGUAAAUAAGUAAUAAUGUACUAAUGAAUUCGAUCAAUUAAGCAGAUAAUCAACCCUCUUGUAUGCAGGAUGAUUUAAAGUUUAACGUUCAAAUUUUGUAUUUUCUUUAAAGAAUAAAAAAAAAAGGGCUUCGUCGUAACGAAAGGGAUAAAAUUAACAAGGCUUCAACUGCGGCGAUCCAAGUAUAUUCCAAGCAGGCGAUUCUUCGUGUACUUCGAGUAGAAUAUCAUUAAACGUAUAAAAAUUUCUGUUUUGUUGCAAGAACGCGUUAAACGAAUUGAAAAAUUGUACAGUCAUUCGUCCACAGGUGCUUCAACGGAGUACUGUUUAUAUAAAAGAUCAUAAUGGCUACAUUGAUUAAGUGUGAUGACAUAAUUAGGUGACAAUAGGUACUACUAAAUUAGUAGAGCUUACAAAUAACGACGCUACUGAAUCAGUAGAAUUUCUCUAUGUGCGUGAACAGUGCUCUAUUGCAGCACUCUCAAAGUAAAUUUCUACUAUUUGUUAAUUUUUUUUUUUUUGUUAUUCUUGAGUUUCGUUAUUGUAUAGUAUCGAAUAAAGUAGGUUUCCUUAGGGACCAGGUGAUUUCUAUUUUCCCUAAGGAAAUCUACCAUUUUCGAUAUCGUGCAUGAUUUUUACAACCACGGUGACUUUUUCACAUGUCUUGAUCGUACAAUGUUCGAUGAACAGAUUCGAAAAAGCUUGUAUCUUUUACAAUUACUUUUCGGUCUAUGAUGUUUAUAUUUUUCUUUUGUUGGUUAUUGUUUUUCUUUUCUCCACUUUCCAAUGAAUUCAUAUGUCGAAUUAAUAUCGCGUUCGCUGCUAAUGAGACGCGUUAUAAAAACGUCGAAGUAUUUUUUUUUUCUUUUUUCGUUUUUUCGUAAAUUUAUAAAAGAAGUCAUGUGUCUUUCGAGGGAAUGCAUUUUUUUUUUUUUUAAAUUCGUGUCUCGCGAGAUAAUUUUUGGCGUAGAGACGGAGGAGAAGAUACCUUUGUGAUUCUUUUAUCGUUCGAUGAAUAUUUUUCGAUUCGGCGCGCGCACUAGUCAUUUUCGUUCCCUCCUUUGUUUAACGUGGCCAACAAUAAUAAGCUCCAUCGGGUUUUCGAGCUGUAAAUUCGACACCUCGUUAUUUAAUCCAAUCUCGAAUCGUGCAAUGGAUGUAAAUAGAUGUAUUAGAAACGUGUUUUUUGGGGGCAUUCUUAACACACUUGUACGCAACCGUGAACAAUUGAGAGCGCAAAGGGUGAUUAGAAGGAUUGUUGUUAGAUGACAUUCGUUGGACGUAAAACGAUGUUAAUUAUUGUAAUCAUUUCUACACUCGAUGUUACAUUAUUUAUGAAUUUUAGUUAGGAAAUUUAAAUCAAUUAAAUGAAUGGAAUCACGUAUUAAAAUCAGGAACACUUGAUAUCGGUCGUAGUGUUAUUUUGACUUUUGAAUUUUUAUUUUUUUUUUUAUGAAAAAUUCAAUCUCGUAUUCGCUACAUUUGCGUUCAACGAAGGAUCGAUCGAAAGCGAAGCCGGUAGCAAAACGAAUCAAAGUAAAAGAAAAAGGUGUUUGCUGUUGAAUAGCAGGCACGAUGUAUCAAAGUGAAGAAAACGAAGCGACGCGAAAUAAUGGAAGGAAGAAAAUAUAUCCUGUUUCUUUUUUUUGUACAUAAAAAUCUCGUCGAUCAACGAGAACUUUCGAAAAUCGAAAAUGAAGAAAACAGAGGAAGAAAACAAAAAAAAAAGAAAAUAAGAAUGGUCGACAGGAGGAAAGUACGGAUAACGUGCGGGGAAUUAUUAUGUGUACAUGAACAAUGUGAUAUAAGUAAUUAAUAAAAUUACUUAGCACUAUAGCGUUUAAGCAGAACUGUUAAAUCGUUUACAGCGUAGACGUGUAUGAUGCUAACUAUUAUUUACUAACAUCCUAAAAAUGAACUGUAAUAAGGGAAUCUAAUUGUACAUAGAAUUACGAAUGGGAGAGAGAGUGUGAAAGAAUGAAAGAGAAAAGAAAUAAUCGCGGGAUACAAUUAUAUCAAGAAAGGAGAAAGAAAAAGGGAAUGUGAGAAUAGAUAUGUAAAAAAAAAAAAAAAAAAGAAGAAGUUCUCGUAAAAGCUGGUAAACGAGUUAAAUUUCUUGUAUAUUCCUCGUGAUAGAGCCUGUAGAUUAUAUUUCUCGCGUGAAUGCGAUAACGAGAUGAACAAGUGUGGCUGAAUGUUGUUGUUGUUGUAGUCUAUGUCGAAUUUUGUUAUAUACCACUGCUGGUAUAUGAAAAAAAAAAAAACAAAAAAACACGGUAUA